CCCGCGUAAUGCCCUCUGCGUCGCCGCUGCCCAGGUCACCGUCACACCCUCGGGGCCUUUCGGCUACUCGAGCGGCUCUCGGGCUGCGCUCUGGGCACCCUGUAAGAGCCCAAGAGCCCCAUGGCCGCCGCAGCCACGGCCACCGCCGACGCCCCGGGAGCGGGCGGCGGGAGCAAGCCCUGCAGUCCCAGCCAUAUCCCGGUGAUCGGGGUGGUGACCCAGGACGAGGAGAUGCAGGGUGCCUUCAAGUCUAUGGACCUUAACCAUAUCAUCAAACUCCUUGAAGAGACUGAUAAGGAUGAUUUAGGAGAAAAACAACUUAAACUUGUCAAGAAACUGGUACAGUGUUAUCAAAAUGGAUUUCCCUUACGGGAUUUGGCACAGAUAUUUAAAAUUCUAAAUCUGUGUGCAGGAAAAAUCAAAGAUCAGCACCAAUUUUUAGAACCUGCUUUGGGCAUCCUAAAAUUGUGUGGGUUGCCAUUUUUGAAAAAGAAAGUAUCAGAUGAAAUAACAUAUGCUGAAGAUACUGCUAAUUCCAUUGCACUUCUGGGUGAAUUAAUGAAAAUACCAAGUUCUGAGUUAAGGAUACAAGUUUGUAAGUGUAUUGUUGACUUUUAUCAUGCAGAACCACUAAAGAAACAUAUCCCAGGUUACCAGCAAGCUAGUCCAUCAUACAAGGUUAAAAUGGUUGAGACCGGAGGAUUGGCACAAAUAAUGGUCCAGUCAGUACUCAUGCUUGAAAAUCAACUUGUUGAGAAACUUUGGGUUCUUAAAGUUCUGCAGCAUCUCUCCACAUCUGAGGUGAAUUGCACUUGGAUGGUGAAAGCACAAGCGGCCAGCAGCAUCUGUGCUCACCUCAAUGACCCCGAUCCCUCAGGACAGCUUCUGUUUCGCUCUUCAGAAAUACUUUGGAAUUUAUUAGAAAAAUCUUCAAAGGAGGAAGUCAUACAACAGCUUAGUAACUUGGAAUGUUUGCUAGCCUUGAAGGAAGUAUUUAAAAAUCUAUUUAUGAGAGGCUUUAGUCAUUAUGAUCGCCAGCUUAGAAAUGAUAUAUUGGUGAUCACUACAAUUAUAGCUCAGAACCCUGGAGCACCAAUGAUCGAAUGUGGCUUUACCAGAGAUUUGAUCCUAUUUGCAACUUUUAAUGAAGUUAAAAGUCAAAAUCCUUUGGUAAAAGGUCUUAAGCUUUCUAAUUCUUACGAAGAUUUUGAGUUGAAGAAGUUGUUAUUCAAUAUAAUUGUGAUCUUAAGUAAAGAUUUACCAACUGUACAGCUGUUAAUUGAUGGCAAAGUUAUUUUGGCUUUGCUUUCCUAUGUAAAAAAGCCUGAGAAACUCAAAAUCGUUGAAUGGUCUGCAGCCCAUUAUGAAGAAUUACAGCUACACGCCAUUGCCACACUCUCAUCCGUGGCUCCUCUGUUGAUCGAGGAGUACAUGUCAUGUCAGGGAAAUAAUCGUGUCCUUGCUUUUAUGGAAUGGUGUGAGAUUGAGGAUCCCUUCUUUAGUCAUGGUAACAGUUUUCAUGGUACCGGUGGCCGUGGCAACAAGUUUGCCCAGAUGCGUUAUACUUUAAGACUCGUGAGAGCCAUGGUUUAUCUUGAAGAUGAGACUGUAAACAAGGAUCUUUGUGAAAAGGGAAUAAUUAAGCAACUAAUAGGAAUCUUUAAAAAUAUGAUAAGCAAGUCUAAUGAAAAGGAAGAAGCCAUUGUUUUAGAAAUCCAAUCUGAUAUAUUGCUUAUCUUAUCGGGUCUUUGUGAACAUCAUAUUGAAAGGAAGGAAAUUUUUGGAACUGAAGGAGUAGAUCUAGUUCUUCAUGUAAUGAGAACAGACCCCAAGAAGAUACAGAGUGGCCUUGGCUAUAGUGUACUUCUUUUCAGUACAUUAGACAGCAUUUGGUGCUGCAUUUUGGGAUGUUAUCCUUCAGAGGACUACUUUCUUGAGAAGGAGGGCAUUUUUCUCCUUUUGGAUAUAUUGGCACUGAACCAAAAAAAAUUCCGUAAUCUUAUUCUUGGAAUAAUGGUUGAAUUUUGUGAUAACCCCAAAACUUCUGCUCAUGUCAAUGCUUGGCGAGGGAAGAAAGAUCAAACAGCUGCUAGCCUUUUAAUUAAGUUGUGGAGAAAUGAAGAAAAAGAACUAGGAGUAAAACGUGAUAAGAAUGGGAAGAUUAUUGAUACAAAGAAACCAUUAUUUACUAGUUUUCAAGAAGAACAAAAAAUUAUGCCACUUCCUGCUAACUGCCCGUCGAUUGCAGUUAUGGAUGUUGCUGAGAAUAUCAGAGCAAAAAUUUAUGCUGUGUUGGGAAAACUAGAUUUUGAAAAUUUGCCUGGCCUAUCAGCUCAAGAUUUUGUCACUCUUUGUGUCAUACAUCGCUACCUUGAUUUUAAAACUGGAGAAAUAUGGAAUGAAGUAUAUGAAGAAAUAAAAUUGGAAAAGUUAAGACCAGUCUCUUCAGAUAAAAAAACUUUGGAAUCUAUUACAGUGGCAUCAGAAAAUAUUGGAAAGAUGGUUGCUUCUCUGCAGAGCGAGAUGAUUGAAAGCCAAGCACGCCAAGAUGUGCAAAAUGAACAAAAAGUAUAUGCAAAAAUACAAGCCACACAUAGACAAAGAGAGCUGGAUAAUAAAUCAUGGGAAAAUUUCUUGGCUAGAACAUCAAAUGCUAAAACACUAAAGAAAGCAAAAAGGCUUCAGGAAAAGUCUAUAGAAUCUUCUAAAUACACUGAGCCACCAAAAAAUGCAACAUUUCACCCAACAGUUAUUAAGGGUCUUAACACAACGGUGCCCUCUGGUCGAGUGGUCACUGUGGAAAGCACUCCUGCUCGCUUAUUGGGAGGACCUCUGGCUGAUACAGACAUUCCUCUUAAAAAGCUGCCUAUUCGGGGAGGAGCCUUGCAGAGAGUGAAAGCAAUUAAAACUGUUAGUGAACCUAAAAAGAGUAUUCCAACAUAAGGUGCUCUAGAGACUUUUGAAACAUAUUCUGCUGAUAAUUUUGGCUAAAUACAUCUUUAUAUAUAAAUGUAAAUAUUUUAGUAAAACACUAGAAAAAUUAAGUUAAGACAAUAUAGUUUAUUUUGAUUGAAAACAUCAAUGUAUGGCACCAGAAAAGCUGUCAUCAAUUUCUUUAGAAACACUGUUGUUCCCUUAACUACAAUUGUAAACUUAGUUUUUCAAAGACUCUCAGUUACACAUAAACUACUCCAAAUAGUUUGCCUUAAAAAGAAAAUUCUAUGCCCUCUAUCUGCCACAUAUAGGAGUAAUUUAGGCUGCAAGCAUUGUUAUAUCUAAGGACUGAACCUGUGUUAGUAGGAUCUUCUCUUUCCAACAGCUCCAUCUCAGUCUGUAAGGUUCCCAGGAGACAAGAGUGUAUGCCUUUGUCUCAACAGUUCCUACAACUGCCCCUGUGAACCCUUGACUGGCCCCACACCUGCUCCUAAGCACGUCACCAUGACAUUGACCAUGUCUGGGUACUACCAACUCUUGAAGCCAGAAGCAGGCCACUUUCAUGCAAACCACACAGAUGGCAUUGGAAUCAAGGUACUGCCUCAGAAGGACAUAUGAAUACUAGGCAGCAACAAAUAGAUGCUCAUCAGAGUAAAGUACAUCUGCUGUCAAAGGCAAAUGCCAGUCAUGAACUAAACAGUGAAAAGAAAAAUAAAUACAGAUACAGAUGAUUUUACUCAAUACAAAACAAAAUUCUAAUGCUACUUUUUCUAAUGAAGAAGUGUGUAUAUAUAGGAUGUGAAGAGAAACAGGAAAACAUUGAGUUUUUGACACCAGACCAAUGGAUUCACUUGCCUACUGUGUGGUGGCUAGGAAUGUGUUAAGCACAUGUGUUUGAAAUCUGUCUACUGCAUAUAAAUGUCUGUGUUAAGCAAUAUUACUGCUCUCCAUCAGUCUAAAUUUCCCAGACGCUAGGCAAUAACUGGUCCAGUUUCACCUUCUCUACUCAUGAUGAGUACAUGGCAGCAGAAAGGUCCACAGACAUCACAGAUGAUCUUAAUAUCAGUCAGUCCAAUAUAUGUACUAUAUAGAAAGCAUUCAAUCAAAUAAUACCAAUGAGGUUUUUAUACCUUCAUAUAAUAUAUAUAGUUCAGAAUUCAUAUAAUACAUAUAUAUGUAAUCACUACUAGUCAAUAAAUACAUCUGAACUGCUUA